AUGUCCUAUGCCAUAAUCCCUGCCCUUACUGGGACCAUGUUUUACUACCAAACCCAACAUUUGAAGAUUGAGUCCUCACUUCUGGGGAUAUCGAAGGUGUUUGGGCAAGCGGCUAUGCUGCUCUGGGGUGUUGUAUAUAAUCGCCACCUCAAGUCGAUUCCACCAAGAAAACUAAUUGCAGUCGUUCAGAUCUCUAUGGCUAUUUUCAUGAUAUCAGAUGUUUUGUUUGUGAAUGGUGUGUACCGGAGUAUAGGCAUUCCCGACACACUAUAUGUUGUGGUUUUCUCGGGAUUGCUAGAAGUUUUAUACUUCUUCAAGAUUCUACCUUUCAAUGUUUUGAUGGCGCAGCUUUGCCCACCUGGGUGUGAAGGCUCAGUCAUGGCAUUUGUAAUGUCUGCUAUUGCUCUUGCUUUUAUAGUGAGUGGUUACUUAGGGGUGGCUCUUGCAUCGUGCGUUGGAGUGACUGGAGAUGACUUCUCUGGCUUGCCACGCGGCCUUUUGAUACAGGCUGUGUGCACACUUUUGCCCCUUUUCUGGUCAUCAUGCAUCCCAGAUGUAAAAUCUGAAGGCAAGAUGAAAGAAAACUAA